AUGGUGAGAUCACCUUGUUUUGAUAGUAAUGGAAUGAAGAAGGGAGCUUGGAGUGAAGAAGAGGAUGACAAGUUGAGGGCUUUCAUUCUCUCCCAUGGCCAUUGGAAUUGGAGAUUACUUCCAAAAUAUGCCGGUCUGAAAAGAUGUGGGAAGAGCUGCCGAUUGCGGUGGGUGAAUCACUUGAAACCAGGCGUCAAAAGGGGCAAUUUCAGCAAGGAAGAAGAGGAUCUCGUCAUCAAAUUGCAUGACCAAAUCGGCAACAAGUGGUCAGCCAUAGCAGCCGAACUCCCGGGGAGAACAGACAACGACAUCAAGAACUUCUGGAACACACGUGUAGCGCGACGAAAAAGGCCUAAUCCAUCAACUUCUUCUUCCAUGGAUAAUGAAAAUCACUUAUUGGAAAUAGCUUCAAAUGAUGCCAUGAAAAAUAUUCAUGAAUCCACGUUUUCAUUCGAGACUAUUACACAACCCGAAUUGGAUUCAAUGGGUGAUAAAUUUCCACCAUCAAUGGUAGAGGAUGAAGAGUUUUGGUGCCCCCAGUUUGAUUACAAUGAUUGGGUUGCAAGUGAAGAUCAUAGUAUCAUGUUUAAUGAUGUCGGAGGGAGUAUUUGGGAUGAAUCUUUUGAGUUGACUAGUUCGGAUUGUCAACCUCAGACUAGGGUUUGUGAUCCACUAGAUUAUGAUCCAAUUUUUUUGUUAUGGGAUUCAUGA